AGUUGGCGCGAAGGUUGCGGGGAGCGGGGUGGGCGGAAGCCAUGGAGUCGGAGGCGUCCCGCUAGCGAGGUCACCAACGCCGCCGCCGCCAGCAGCAUGGAUAUCCGGAAAUUCUUUGGAGUUGUGCCUCAUGGAAAGCAACAGGAGUGCCAGGCUGUGAAAAAGAGUGAGAAGAUAAAAAAUGGGGAAGGAGAAUCGAGUGGGAAGAAGAGGGGAAAGGAAACAAAGGUGAAGAGUUCACCCAGUGAAGAUGUUCCCAAACAAAAGCAGGCAUACAAGAAAAAAAGAAUAAUCUAUGAUUCAGAUUCAGAAGAGGAGGUGCAGUCUGUGAAAAAAACCAAGAAGGCAUCAGAGAAGAAAGCAGCUACUCCAAAACUUGGUCAAGUUCUAAAGCAGCACCCUGUUGUCUAUGUUUCAGAGACAGAUGAAGAGGAUGACUUUGUCAACAAGAGAAUUUCCUUGAAACCGAAGGAGAAUGGGACAUCAGCAAUCAGUUGUCCAGGAACAGCAGCAGUGAAAAAAGGAGAUGUAAAGCCACAGGCUAAAACCAAACCAUUAUCUCCAGUGAAACUGACUCCCACCUCAGCUCUUGAUUACUUUGGGACAAGAAGUGUCCAGCGGUCAGAAAAGAAACUGGUAGCGAGUAAAAGGAAGGAACCUUCACAAAGCGCAGACAGCACACUAGAUGAUGAGGCCAUUGCUAGGCAACUGCAGCUUGAAGAAGAUUCGGAGCUGGAGAGACAGCUGCAUGAAGAUGAAGAAUUUGCUAGAACUUUGGCAAUGUUGGAUGAAACACCACAGAAGAAAAAGGCCCGGAGAGAUUCGGAGGAGCAAACGGUGUUGAGCAUCAAGAGCAGUCCUAAUGUGACGGGAAGAUACAAACAAUCCCAUAGAGCGAAAGCAACAAACUCGGCAGCUGAAGUAAAAGAACAAACUAAAUCUGAAAAUUCAAGAGAGCCUAACUUACAUCCACGGUCAUCUGAUGGUGAAAUAGCAAGGGCAGUGACAGAGAAAACCUUGCCUUUGAAACCUACCUCGAAGCUUGUGGCUCUAAAACAGAAGGAGGAGACUACUAAAAAGGAAAGUGGCACUCAAAAUUUAAUAUCAAAAGAAAAAAAUGCUACGGGGAAAGAGGAGAAAAGAACACCCAAGAAGGAGAAAAUUUCUCCCAAGAAGGCUGAGUCUAUAAGUCCUGAGGACUCUGAAAAGAGACGAAGCAACUAUCAAGCCUACAGAAGCUUCCUCAAUCGCGAGGGUCCGAAAGCUCUGGGUUCCAAAGAGAUACCUCAAGGAGCUGAAAACUGCUUGGAAGGCCUGACAUUCGUAAUUACAGGAGUUCUGGAGUCCAUUGAAAGAGAUGAGGCCAAGUCCCUGAUUGAACGUUACGGAGGAAAAGUGACUGGCAAUGUCAGCAAGAAGACAAACUAUCUGGUUAUGGGACGAGACUGCGGGCAGUCUAAGUGUGAGAAGGCGUCAGCUUUAGGGACAAAAAUAAUUGAUGAGGAUGGCCUAUUUGAUCUUGUUCGAACCAUGCCAGGCAAGAAGUCCAAGUAUGAGCUGGCAGCUGAAACAGAGGCAAAGAAGGCAGAAUCAAGACAGAAAAAGACACCACAGAAAACAGAGUCUGGCAAAAGGAAUUUUAGCCCUCUCAAAAGGGAAGCUGACAGGAAGAAAAGUAAUCGUACACCUGAAAAGGGAGGUACCUUCAGAUCUGUCACGAAAGAAGCUACUGCCAUUCGAAAGCUUAAGGACUUUGAACAUCAAACUGUAGUGAAGAAAGAAGCCCCCAAACAUAAGGGGACUUUGGUUUCUGAGAGCAGUGAAAAUAAAACAGAGGCAUUACUAUGGGUAGAUAAAUACAAGCCUGCAUCUCUUAAGGCGAUAAUUGGACAGCAGGGGGAGCAAAGCUGUGCCAAUAAACUCCUCCGAUGGCUCCGAAGCUGGCACAGGAAUACCUCAGAAGAUGGACAAGGUGCAAAGACCAACAAAUCUGGAGGCAAAGAUGAUGGUUCUAGUUUUAAAGCAGCAUUGCUCUCUGGUCCACCUGGAGUUGGUAAAACUACCACAGCUUCUUUAGUUUGUAAGGAACUGGGGUACAGCUACGUGGAGCUGAAUGCCAGUGACACUCGAAGUAAGAACAGUCUAAAGGAAGUAGUUGCUGAAUCGCUGAACAACACCACCAUCAAAGAUUUCUGUUCAGGCACAUCCUCAUCAGUUAGUGGGAAACACGUAUUGAUCAUGGAUGAAGUGGAUGGUAUGGCAGGCAAUGAAGACAGAGGAGGGAUUCAGGAACUGAUUGGUUUGAUUAGACACACAAAGAUCCCCAUCAUCUGUAUGUGUAACGAUCGAAACCAUCCGAAAAUUCGUUCCCUGGUCCACUAUUGUUUUGAUCUUCGUUUUCAGAGACCUCGUCUGGAACAGAUUAAGGGUGCCAUGAUGUCUAUUGCAUUUAAAGAAGGUUUGAAAAUUCCACCCCCUGCUAUGAACGAGAUAAUCCUGGCAGCAAAUCAAGACAUCAGACAGGUUUUGCAUAAUCUCAAUAUGUGGUGUGCAAAAGACAAAUCACUGACUUACGAUGAGGCCAAAACAGGCGCCGGCAGAGCCAAAAAGGAUAUCAAACUGGGCCCUUUCGAUGUUGUCCGGAAGGUUUUUGCUGCUGGAGAGGAGGCUUCUCGUAUGUCUCUUAUAGACAAAUCAGAUCUCUUCUUCCAUGACUAUUCCCUAGCACCUCUCUUUGUCCAGGAGAACUAUGUGCAUGUGAAACCUGCUGCUGCUGGAGGAGAUCUGAAGAAACACUUGAUGCUCUUGAGUAGAGCUGCUGAUAGUAUAUGUGAUGGUGAUCUGGUGGACAAACAGAUUCGUACCAAGCAGAACUGGAACCUCCUACCAACACAGGCUAUUUAUUCGAGUGUUCUUCCUGGGGAGCUGAUGAGAGGUUACAUGUCCCAGUUCCCUGUCUUUCCCAGCUGGCUGGGGAAAUUUUCAUCUACAGGCAAACAUGAACGUAUCAUCCAAGAACUGGCAAUGCACAUGAGCCUGAGGACCCAGGCAUGCAAGAGGACAGUAAAUAUGGAAUAUUUGUCUCAUCUGCGCGAUGCACUCAUCCAGCCACUGACCGCCUUUGGAGCAGAUGGGGUACAGGAUGCUAUAGCAUUCAUGGACUCCUACUGCCUGAUGAAAGAAGACAUUGAAAACAUAAUGGAAAUAAGCAUGUGGGGAGGUAAACCCAGCCCUUUUUCAAAGUUGGAUCCCAAGGUCAAGGCAGCUUUUACACGUGCCUACAACAAAGAGGUGCAUCUGACUCCAUAUUCCCUUCAUUCUGUGAAGAUGUCUAGACGGCAGUCAGGAUCCAUAGGGACCUCUGACCUGCACGAAGAACUGAAUGUGGAAGAGAUCCAAUCUGAGGAGGAGGAGCAAGAUACUGUUGAAAGUGAUGCAAUGAUCAAGCAAAAAAAGGUGAAGCCUUCCAAGCUGCCAAAAAGAGAGAAAAAUGAAGAAACAACAAAAAAAGAAGGCAAAAGAAAAGAGAAAACAAGACAUUAAAGAGAAUAAUCUUGCUCUGGAGGUGACUUUGUUUAUCUAACUUCUGUCAGGAACAUUUAACUGAUCUGGUGAUACAGAACCCAUGCAUUGACAGUGCUCCUCUUAUAGAGGUGCUGUAGCUCCUGUUCUCACACGGGGCAGUGCUGUAUGUUAGAAGCCAUAACUACUCUUGUAGAACAGGCACCAGGGAGCGUGAACAUGAUGCAGAUGUGGAGUGCAGUUACCUGGUGUUUAUGCAAGUCUUCACAGGGCUGUUUUUAGUAUAAAAUCCUCUGUUAUUAUGUACUGAAAUCUUGUAAAUAGUAAAUCCUAAUCUGCACAUUUGUACAUUAUAGCAAUUAAGCAGUGUAUAGAAUUACAAUAAAUGUGUUUCACAUGAGGUUUCUAUUUUUGCUGAAGGCGCAGCAUGUUCUGGCAGAGGUUCUGACUUUCCUGCAUCUAUCAGGCUUUUUUUUUUUUUUAAUUAACUGAUCCCACAGCCAUAGAAAAGCAAAGCCGAGAGGGAUUUAGUUCCAAAAUUUGUAGUGUAUAAAUUUUACAGCUGCAAUCAAAGCCAGAAAAAAUACCUAAAAACUUAAGAACUGUUUAACAGAAACUAAAGCGAUAAGAGCUCAGAAUUGAUGUUGAAUAUGAGAACAAGGGCAAAGGAAGCAAAACAAACAAACAAAAAAACCAAAAAAAAACCAAAAGCAGCAAGCAAUACUCUCUGUGUGCUUAAGGGCAAAUGUUAAAUCUGCACCUCAACAACCUGAGGCCUCAACAACCUGAUGGAUUGAGAUGCAGCCUUGUAAGUUAAACUCUUGAACACUGAACUGUCCUUGCUGGGAAAUGUUGGCUAUUGCCCUGUCAAAUGAGCCCUGCUAUCUAAUUAAAAAAAACCCAAAACUCUGCAACCUCAGCAACUAAACCCCCAAAGCCCCACAAAAAGAGGCUCUCAUACACACCUGAACUUAGCUGUCCAUGUCAUCCUGUUUGAGGUACUGCGUGCAGUCAUUUAUUUUCUUAAGAUGAACAGCAUUGAUUGUUUCAGAACACAUGGGACACACGUUUUCAGUCUGUAACAUGCUGUUUUAAAGGAAGAGGGGCAACAGGUCAAAGGAUGGUUGUAACACGAUCAAGCCUGUGUUGUGUUGUGCCUGAGAGUCCUGUAACAUGCAGUGUAAGAGAUACAGGCUGGAGUGGCAGCUGUUCUGGCUAGUUGGGGAAAAGGUGAGUUGUGUGGUUUUUGUUUUGUGUUUUUUUUAACAUACGAGAGCUAGCCCCACCAGGAAUGCUGCUGCUGGCUGAGUGGGCAUGAGGAAAAGGCAGCAGACCAUGACUAUAGCAGCUGGUGCUAGACCACAAGGAUUUAAAUGAGGAGUGCUUUGUUAGUCUGCACCCAGUGCUAGGUGCAAAUUCCUAUUCUAGUGGCUGCUGUUGGGCUGGUUCACUUGAAAGUGAUGCCUUAAAAGUAUGUUAGAUGGAAUGAACACUGAAAUCUUUCAGUACAAAAAAAUCCCAACUUACGUCUUGAAUUCUGAAUAGAGGGCAGGAAAGUCACAGUGUGGGCAGACAGUCCAGUCAUCCCGUACCAUAUGUCGACCCUGCACGCAAGAGAAAGCAGUCAUUCGAGGUCAGGUGCUCCCCCUGCUACGCCUGGCAGUUACUGUGGAAAAAGUCUCAGCACUGGAGUUCUAAAGAUGUUAAGGAAUGAAAAAAAACCCCAUCGUUACAGUGUUACUUUGCUUACUGUGUAAAUACUGUGACUAGAAAAGGAGCUCUAAACGAUGAACAAGGUUUUCACUAUAAUACGUAUUUAUUUUUUUUAUCAAUUUAAGAAUGCAAUUAUCACUUUAAAAAUUAUUUUAGUUUAGCAAUUCUAUAUUGCCCAUGUGGAUACAGGAGUAGAAAGAGGUGACUGUAAAGUUACUGAGAGUUCUGGUGAUGUGUGAGGUUCAAAAAAUGCCAGCAGAGCCACGUGAGGCUCAGCUGUCUGUGAACAGAGCAGGAGAGCUGAAACAGCUUUAUUUUUUUUUUAUAAAUUUUGGUUUCCUGUUGACUCUGAUGCAGAAAAUUCUUAUGUAUCAUGGUCAACAGCGUGAAGCCCAACAGUGCCUUGAUCUGUUUAACAAUUUGUGCUCUAAUACAUCGUGCAGCAGUGGUUUGUUUUGACACUAUCAAAAGGUAUGAGAAAAAUGACAGCCCUGAUGAUGUUACGGUGAUGUAAAGGAACCAUAACCAAGAGACAGCUUACAUACCUGAAGCAGAAAUAGACAUGUACUAAGCCAAUGGAGUAAAACAGUUUAAGAAACUACUAAUAUUUUUUGUAAGACUGAUCCUUUAGUUUUAAUAUUAAAAGUCAAGUAUGUUAACUCUCUUAUUUGCUUCCUGCUUUAGUAAAUCUGUACUUAUUCUGUAAUUUUAGUGUGACAAAUCCCUUCGACCUAGCAGAAAUGAAAUGUUCAUGUACAGGAGCUAACCACAGUGUUGACAUGUCAGAGGUGAGAUGCAUGGCUCUCACUGGGAAAUGUACACUGUCCCUUUUCAACAGACUGUAAAGAACCCAGAAACAAAACCAGUAGGGCUUCUCAUUUUGCGUCAGCAAUAGCUAAUACUGAAACCAGCACUGGCCCAGUACUUAACAUGGGAAGUGCCCCAGAGGUCUGGGUGUCACCGAUUUGCCAACAGCUUGGACAGAACUGCCAAGCCUUAGCCUGAAUCUAGUAGCACAGUGCAGAUGGAAAACAAAAAAAAAAGCAGCUUUCUGUUCCUUCUCACAGUGUAGAAGAGGCACUCACCGUUGCAAUGCAGUACGGCAAGUUGUUCUUACAGCUGGGACAUAAGAGCUCACAUUCUGCGAGCUGGAAUGCACAGUAGGGACAGGCUGUUGUUGGCUCCUCUGCCUCGGUUUUGUCUGGGUGCCUAAGCAGUAACAUACAAACAUGAAUAAAAACUCAAGCUCUCUGAACUUGAA